AUGGACCCAUCCGCACGUUUACUUGUUUCCUUUGCCUACGAAUUUAGAACGAACUCCCUGCAGCGCCCUUCACCUCCUCCGGUAUUCAAGGGGCUUCAGCAUGACUUCAACCGGAAACAGCAGCUUUCAACCAUUAAGACGGUCCCCGUACCACUCCUCUCUGUUUCCUCGGGCUACUUCUACCUACCAAGAGUCUUCUUUAUCUACUUGGAACUUCUGAAGUCCGGCUCGGUAGACUCUGUUAUUAACGGUACGGGAUCCGGAACUACUCAAUUUGGAUAUACUUUAGCCUGUUCACUCGAACGGACGGAUCCACUCCCGGGUAUAGAAUUUCGAUCCAGGGUUGUACCAGAUUUCUCAGGAAAUGAAGCAAGCGAGGUUCCGUAUCAACUUGGGAGAUACGAGCUCGUGGAUUUCAACAGGCAUCAGACCUUUACGUCGUAA